AUGGACUCCGCCGGUGCGAGAUGGGCUUUUCCGGGCGCUGCCUGCUGUGUGCUGAUUCUCACUGUCGUAGGAAGCUUGUACUUCCAGUUCUCGGUGUUCCAGCAGGACUGGUUUCAAGGGAGCACGCUUAAGCCGCCUGGCCGAGAAGCUCCAAAGCAGCCUGUUGGCCCUCCCAGUCGUGUCAUCCUUGCCGUCCACCCGAAGACUGGCAGCACGACUCUCGGCAGGGCCAUCUAUUUUCAUGCUCUUGCCCAAGGACGGCAACAAACAGUCUCCAGAGUGCAUUAUCCGUAUGACCGCAGAUGGGACAAAGAAUGUAACUAUGUGAUGCAGAGUCUGCACAACUGUACCGUCGCAAACUGGUGUUUGAUCAUCUCUACAGUGCGAAGGUCGGGAGCCAACGCCGUGUCACAGUUUUUCGAGUUUUGUAGAUGGGUGUACAACAACAACUCAACCUCUGCUCAGAAGUUUCUAUUUGCCAUGAACGAGGAGGAGUUGAAGGACGCCGUUAUCAAUUUCACCCGCCGUUUCUAUUUGCCUUUUUCCGACUGUUGGUGGUGGAAGACCUAUCUCGCAUUCCGCGAGUUGGGCGGAUUCAAUUUUGAGAUUGAUGAUUUAAUGCGGAAGAGGAUCUCGACGGUGCCGAACGCCGUGUGGAUCGUGCUGCCUCCGUUUGAGGAGGGCGUGCAAGCACGCGAGGCCGCCCUGGAACCCUGGUUUCCAGGCAUUAACCUAUCCGAAAAUAUUAUGAAUACUUCGAAUGGUUCCAUGCAUCCCUGGCCCGUGCAGUACUCCAAGAUGAUGAGCUACUUCCGCAACGAGUCACGAUGGCCCACAGAUCUGGCGGAGGGGCUACGCCAUCAAGACAUGAUGGUCUUGUUCUAUCCGGACGGGAGGCUGUUUUGA